CGGUAUUAGCGUAGGAAAAUUGCCCGAGUAAUUUACAAACAGUAUUUAUACCACCUAUCCGUUCAUUUAUUCUUCAUCCCGCAACAUGUUUGGCCAUAUUGUAUUGCUCUUCUGUGUUCUGACAGUGGCUUCUGCCCAGAGUCCUAUCAGAGUACGCCAUUAUAUAACUGUCAAUGCAAACAACAACAUCCACUAUGGUGACAGAUCCCACGUUCAAUACCGGGGUAACGGUUUGCAACCAAUUUGCAAGCAGCUGGACCGUGACCUAAUGAUCGAUAAACUGCUAUAUGACAGAAUUACUAUUGAACACAGCGGAUCAUAUCAUACGGCGGGUGGAGUGGUGUCAGGUGUUGGAGUAGAGUUUCAGCAGGUUCAUGAGAGUGACCAAUCAUUCCGCACACUUCUGAUACUUGUUUUUAGAAAUGAACAGGAAUACACAAAUUUUCUCACUCUCUGAUCACCCAUCCGUCAUGCUCCCGUCGUGAUUUUCUAGAAAUGUUUCUGAUACAUUGUACGUGAGUUUACAUAAAGCCUUAUAUUGCC